AUGGCUAUUAAAUUGUUUAACCUUGAGGUUCGUGGAGCUUUGAAGUGCCUUACAUAUGAAUGUGAUGCAUUAAAAAGCAUACAACAUCGUAAUCUUGUACGAGUCCUAAGUUUGUGCUCGAGCAUUAAUGAGUUUAAAGCUUUGAUCUUUGAAUUCAUGCCAAAGGGAAACUUAGACACGUGGCUCCGCCAAGAAUAUGAGAUUAAUGAAGAUGAUCUUUUCUCUUUGGAAAAAAGAUUAAGUAUUGCCAUCAAUGUUGCAGAAGCUUUGGAGUAUCUUCACCAUAGUUGUGAACCACCAAUCAUUCACUGUGACAUAAAGCCAAGUAACAUUCUACUUGAUAAUAACAUUAUUGCACAUGUGGGCGAUUUUGGACUCUCAGGAAUGCUUUACGAGAAUGUGAAUAUAUCUCUUCAAGAUUGUUCCUAG